AUGGGUAUUCCGGCUGCCUUUCGGUGGUUAUCCACCAAGUAUCCCAAGAUCAUCUCGCCCGUCGUCGAGGAGAAUCCGACCGAGCUCGAAGAUGGCACGGUGGUACCGGUCGACACGACACGGCCGAACCCCAACGGCGAGGAGUUCGACAACCUCUACCUGGACAUGAACGGCAUUGUGCAUCCGUGUUCGCAUCCGGAGGACCGGCCCGCGCCCAAGGACGAGGAGGAGAUGAUGAUUGAGAUUUUCAAGUACACGGAACGCGUCGUCAACAUGGUGCGCCCGCGCAAGCUGCUGAUGAUUGCUGUUGAACAGAUGCUCGCGGCCGGCCGGCUCGCGGCUCCCGGCCCCCGGCUGCCAGCAUGA